AUGCCUGGCUUUGCACUCCAUCAGCCCCCCGGACGUGAGCUCACUGGCGGUGAUCUACUCGCGCAGUCCCUCAAAAGCCUUGGUGUUGAGGUUAUAUUUGGCCUUCAUGGUGGCCACCUAGAUGCCUUUCUAAUGGGAUGCGAAGCUAUCGGUAUCCGGCUAGUUGAUACUAGACAUGAGACGGUGGCUGUUCAAGCAGCGGAAGGUUACUCUCGCGCAAGCACGAAACCAGCAGUUUGUUUUGUGACUGCUAACAGUGGGUUUUCAAACGGACUUCCGGGCUUAGCAACAGCAUAUGGUGACCGGAGCCCAAUUCUGUGUAUCACUUCCUCUCCUCCGAUUCGCGACACCGAGAACAAUUCUCUUCAAGGCUCAAUCGAUCAGGUUGUUGCAGCUCGACCCUUUACCAAAUUUGCUCAUCGCGUAGUUGCAGCCGAAGAAACCCCACGCCUAGUAUCCCAUGCUCUUCGAGUCGCUCAAUCUGGAGCACCAGGUCCUGUUCUUCUUGACUUUCCGAUUGAUAUACUUUUCUCGCCCGUCCACCCGAAAUUGAUUUCUUGGGGUUCAAUCGCCUCGCCUCGCUCUUUUCCUCCGGCUCCGCAUGAAACUGCAGUUGAAGCCGCAGCCGAGCUUUUAGCACAGGCCGAACGACCUGUCAUAAUUACAGGAACCGGUGCAAGGAACCCUCAAGCACGCAAGGAUCUCGUCAAACUUGCAGAAGCUUGCAAUGUCCCAAUUUUCAAUACCUCCAAGUUCGCAAGCUAUAGCCCUCAGUCUAAAAUGCUUGCUAAUGGGACUGCGGGGACACUAGCAAAACUCCCCUUUGUUCAACUCGCACGUCCAGAUCUCAUCGUUUUGCUUGGUACUCGGACUGGAAUGUUCCUUGGAGGUCGCAGCUCUGCUAUCAUUCCCGCGGAUAAUUGCAAACUUAUUCACAUUGACUGCGAUGGAAGUGACAUUGGUCGCACUCUUCCAGUUGACAUUGGUAUCGUGAGUGAUGCUGGGGCUUUCACUUCCGCAUUUGCGAAGAAAAUCGGAGAGACCUUCCACGGCAGUGUGGACAAAUCGUGGGUUCAAGCUAUCCUCGACUUGGCUUCUGCGGAUUCACCUUUUGAGAAAGAGCCCGAAGAAACGAGUUCUGGUCGUCUUCAUCCAUACCACGCCGUGAAAAAUGUCAUCUCAGCCAUCGAGCCGGGCAGCAUAAUUGUCCUGGAUGGUGGCGAGGCAUCAGCUUGGGUCGGUGAUAAUGCAUGGCGAUCCAAACCAAGCCUCGUGAUGACGGCAACAGGAUACCUCGGCUUCCUUGGGAAUGGAUUUGGAUAUUCACUCGGCUUGGCGAUCGCUUGUCCAGAUCGAAAGGUAGUCAACGUGCAGGGCGAUGGAUCUGCUGGUUUCCAUCUCAUGGAGCUUGACACAUACAAGCGUUUCAAUCUCAACAUCAUGACUGUCGUGGUUAACAAUUUCCAAUGGGGAAUGAGUAUCAAUGGACAAGACUUGGUAUAUGGGACGGAACAUCCAGCACGGCCUGUCAGCUCUCUGAGUUCUGGAACUGAAUAUGACGUCGUAGCUACUGGAUUACAAAAUGCGGCUGCGAAAUUAACCCGCAUCGCAGAUAUCCAAAGCACAAUCUCGAGGCUCCAAUCGCAGCCAGGGCCGAGUUGUAUUAAUUUACUUGUGGACCACAAGCCGGUUCAUCCGAUUACGACUGCAAUGGUUGGACUUACGGAUGAUCCGAAUUAUGUGGUCGUCCCAUACUAUGAUAAUAUCCCUCGGGCACACUAUAAUAUAUGA